AUGGCGGACAACGAGAAACUGGACAACCAACGGCUCAAGAAUUUCAAGAACAAAGGCCGCGACUUGGAGACUAUGAGAAGACAACGAAAUGAAGUUGUAGUUGAAUUAAGGAAGAAUAAAAGAGAUGAACAUCUCUUAAAGAGAAGGAAUGUACCACAUGAAGAUAUCUGUGAAGACUCUGAUAUAGAUGGUGAUUAUAGAGUGCAAAAUACCUCUCUAGAAGCUAUUGUUCAAAAUGCUUCAAGUGAUAACCAAGGAAUUCAAUUAAGUGCAGUUCAAGCUGCUAGGAAGCUUUUGUCCAGUGAUCGAAAUCCACCAAUUGAUGACUUAAUAAAAUCUGGAAUAUUGCCUAUUUUAGUCCAUUGUCUUGAAAGAGAUGACAAUCCUUCUUUACAGUUUGAAGCUGCAUGGGCUUUGACAAAUAUUGCAUCUGGAACCUCUGAACAAACUCAAGCAGUAGUUCAGUCCAAUGCUGUGCCACUUUUCCUGAGGCUUCUUCAUUCACCCCAUCAAAAUGUCUGUGAGCAAGCAGUGUGGGCAUUGGGAAAUAUCAUAGGUGAUGGGCCACAGUGUAGAGAUUAUGUCAUAAGUCUUGGAGUUGUGAAACCUUUACUUUCCUUCAUAAGUCCAUCUAUUCCUAUAACAUUCUUAAGAAAUGUUACUUGGGUUAUGGUCAACUUAUGUCGGCACAAAGACCCACCACCCCCAAUGGAAACCAUUCAGGAGAUUCUUCCAGCUCUUUGUGUUUUAAUUCAUCACACAGAUGUAAAUAUACUGGUAGAUACGGUCUGGGCCCUCUCUUACCUUACUGAUGCUGGCAAUGAACAGAUACAGAUGGUAAUAGACUCUGGAAUAGUCCCUCAUUUGGUUCCUCUGCUUAGCCACCAGGAAGUGAAAGUUCAGACUGCUGCACUUCGAGCUGUGGGCAACAUUGUUACUGGAACUGAUGAGCAAACACAAGUAGUUUUGAACUGUGAUGCUCUGUCACAUUUCCCAGCACUCCUGACACAUCCCAAAGAGAAAAUUAAUAAAGAAGCAGUGUGGUUCCUCUCUAACAUCACGGCAGGAAAUCAGCAGCAGGUUCAGGCAGUAAUUGACGCCAAUCUUGUCCCAAUGAUAAUACACCUUUUGGAUAAGGGGGAUUUUGGCACUCAGAAAGAAGCUGCUUGGGCCAUAAGUAACUUAACAAUUAGUGGAAGGAAAGAUCAGGUGGCCUGCCUAAUUCAACAAAAUGUUAUUCCACCUUUUUGCAACUUGCUGACUGUAAAAGAUGCACAAGUUGUGCAAGUAGUGCUUGAUGGACUAAGUAAUAUAUUAAAAAUGGCUGAAGAUGAGGCAGAAACCAUAGCCAAUCUUAUAGAAGAAUGUGGAGGACUGGAGAAAAUUGAACAACUGCAAAAUCAUGAAAAUGAAGACAUCUACAAAUUGGCCUAUGAGAUCAUUGAUCAGUUCUUCUCUACAGAUGAUAUUGAUGAAGAUGCUAGCCUUGUUCCAGAGGCAAUACAAGGUGGAACAUUUGGUUUCAAUUCAUCUGCCAAUGUACCAACAGAAGGGUUCCAGUUUUAG